GUGAUCAUGAGUAUGAUUGCUGCUAUCUUGGGUCCAUCACUAGGAGAUCAUGGAAAGUAAACUGGAUCGGAAGACCUUGAGAUCCGCGUGAGGAUCCUCGUGCCUUUUUUGUCUGGAAGUUGCUUUGUGUGCGAGAAUGAUGGCGAAGCAAUUCAACAAAGAAGAGCUUCUCUCUGAUGACCAAUUGAGCCUCAAUUUUUUCCUGAAGAUAUCACUGAUUCAAGGAAUUCAUCUUCUGAUCUUCUACGACAUCUCUAGUUCAUCGCUGUGCUGCAGUAAAUUGGGGUAUCCUGCGGUCUGCUCCAUACUUCGAUUUUUAAGGAGGACAUCUUUGUUCUUUGAUGACGACAAAAGGCGAUGAUUUUGCAAUCGGAAUGUGAUCGUCUGGCGCAUAUUGUCAAAGAAUGAGACAGGUUAACUUCCCGUCGGGCCCUUGCGUUCCUGCAUGAAUUGUAAUGAUUCUCCAGAUCAUUUGUCCGUCUGUGGGAAGGCUACUCCUUUUUGUACUUCUGCGUGCGGGUCUGAAGUCGUUUCGUUUAUCAUGUAAACUAUUUGUGAUUGUGCAAAAUAUGUACUUGCAAAAUUGAAAAUGCCCAGUGAGGGGUCUGAUCCUUUUGCCUCUUGUAUAUUUCGAUGGCUUCUAUUGGCACCGGAAGGAAUACUGGUCUAGCAGAUAUUGUGUUCAUGCGCUAGAACAAACGACUCAAACCCAAACGCCAGUGACGAACCCUGGGGGAUGCGCUUUUUAGGUAAAAGAAUAAGAGGACAUCCUGGACAGGCACAUCUUCGGGAUGCGCCGGCGUGUGUCACGCCUGCCGAAAUAAACUCUGGGCUCCUGGAAGUGCCCCGCGUGACCCUCUCAGCGGACCUCGAUCACAGGUACAGGAAUUUUCUGCGCGAGCACGAGAUUGCUGCAGUGGAUAUCGAAAAUGAAAUACGGACGGGUGCGGUAAAAGUUUUAGCCACGAAAAAGCAAGUGUCCGAACGUACUAGAAACGCCUAUAAGGCCCACGAAGCGACAUCAAACCUUUGUGGUCUUCAUGUUGAGGCGGCAGAUCCGCUUGCUCUCGCUGCGGACCGAAGCGGCUUUCCGCCUGCGCUCUUCGAAGAGCAGGUGUUGCGCUACCCAAAAUGCCACUUCGAUUUUCAAAGCCUCGUCCGAGAGAAUCUGCUCCGGGUGGAUGGGUUUGAGCAGUAUCAAGGCAAGUCUUGGGUCAGUACGGGGUUAGGCAGUAAAAAUGCGUCCACCCGGAGAAGUUCGGCGGCCGCACCGAAUGUGCCGUCAGUAGGCCUCGACGCGACGGCCUUAUCACCUUCCACGACGGCAAACUCGGCGCGCGAGUGGCAAGCCGCGGCACAGAGCUUGCAUAACCGCGUGCGCUGUUGCAAACCUUUGAUGGACUUGUACGAAGCUUUCAUCGCGGCUGUGAUUGGUCCGCAACUCAUAGAAGACAUCUAUUCUACUACAUCACAGAGGAUUACUGAAAGGGAGACAAAAAGCAUGAAUACUUCUGAUACAAGUAUGAUUGCGAAAAGAAAAACGCCGGGCGAAGAGAACGACAGCUCGUGCUCAUCGAAAGAACGAGGCGAAACUUGUAGUGAAUCCAUGGAAACGGGGACAGGAGAUAACCCUGCAACACAUUCAGCAAGAGAAGAAGAAUGCGUGACACUUUUAUAUCAGUAUCCGCCAACGCUUCGCGUCUUCUGCUGCGAGGCAAUCGAAGUUCCUGCGAAGAACAACAGCUCUGCUGCUACAGAAAAUUAUCAGGAUGAUAUGCGCUCUUUGACAGUGAAGGGCCCAGGCGAAGCGAAACCUAAUGAAUGUUUGUCGGCCACCGGUAUUAACCGCACUACCGCUGCUGCUACAAAAGAGAGAGGAGACGAUGCCGCUGCAGCGACAAAUAAUCCUUUUACCACGGGAGGUGAUCCUAGUAAAGAUGAACUCGAUGCCCGUGGUCCUCCUAUGAGACCUAAUGAACAAGUCGAUGCUGCUGCUCCACGAAAAAAGUACAGGUCACUGGGCCGCAUGCACAAUGAUUUGGAGUAUAACCAUCAGAUGGGUGAGGUCAACUAUUGGAUGCCUUUGUCUGACACCAAUAUAGAGAACACGAUGUGGGUGGAGUCACAAUAUUUAAAGGCGGAUUGGCGACCCAUCUUGCUCUCCCCGGGUGAGACAGCUGCACCUCCCGUCAGGAGAUAUUCUGGCUGCACAUCGCCAGCAAAGUCUGCCAUAUCUGCCGAGCUGGCUUUGAAACAGACCCCUAGCAAAACCACCUCCUUAGACUCCCCUUCCACUACAAUGAUGACCUCUACUGCUACCAGAAAUGAGGAUGGUGAAAGUCCUGAGCGCAAUUCAUCGUCGCAGAUGGUUGACCAUGGCUGCGAAAAAAAUAGUUCUCCCUCGGGUGAACCUGCAUCAACUCUGGACGCGAAGAAUUACCGCACUGUAACUACCACUACCGAAUAUGCUGAGGUCCUCCGAUUUCAUGGCACCAGUUGCAGGCAUUUCACACGACGCAAUGGAAGUGGGGUGAUACGCGUGUCAAUGGAUUUUAGGUGUGCGUUGGAAAGUCAUUUUGACCCUAAUUUUCGGACAGCUUUCAGUAACCAUCAGCAUGAAAGACGAAAGAUGCGUUUUAAGUUGAAUUAUUUGCCGUCAUCAAAGGACUAUGCAUCUCCAUGACGCUUAAUUAUUCUAACUUUCGUAUGCGCAGAUAUACGAAGCCGUGUGAGAUUCACUGGCACAGCGAAC